CAACAUAAUAGAAAAGCCCGCUGGCGUAGGAGAUCUGCUGCAGAUAGCUCAUCAGAGCUUGGCGAGAGCAGAGGAACUCAUCAGAGCUCGCAGUAUUCUCAGCGGCGAGAGCCAACCAUCGAGUUCAAACAUGAUGAUAACGGCAACCCCGGACGCCAGGCUAGCCUCGCAAACGAACGCACCGUUCCCAGAACCUGUCCCAUCGAUCCCCAUCUCGCCUGUCACCCAGCAGCAAGUCAAGCAUGCUUUCCAGCUUCAAUUAGCGGAAAGGCGCUACGCCGAGUCGACUAGACAGGAGCAUGCCGAUUUGGGCUCACUGCGGCGCCUACUAGAAGAUGUGCGAAUUCAAAAGGGCAAAGUCGAGGAUCUGCAGGCUCUGUGUCAAAAAGUGGCGACGGUGCCACUGCAGCAUUGGCCGGCAGAGGAGGUGGCGAAAGAGAUAGCGACGAUCAAUGCAGAGCUGUUUGCGAAGGUCGAUGUGAGGAACGAGGUGGCAAGGGAAGCGUCCCUGCUGGGCCCUAACGCAACGUUGUGUGUCGAUUUCAACACAUACCUCGAACGCAUCAUGAUACACGCUAUUGUUGGCGCUAAAGCGGCCCCUUCGCCGGAGAUUGCGACAGAUGCUAGAGCGGUAGCGAUUGCGCAGGUCAUUUCAAUCGCGCAUAGCUUGUUUUAUCGAUAUCGCGAUGUCAACGGUUUUAUCGCGGCACUGAAUGCACUGGGCUCACCAGAGGUGCGGCGAUUGCAGAAAGCGUGGGACCACGUUCCACCAAAAGCAACAGAGGCCUUGAAGGAACUUCAAGAUGCUGUUGGGACUGGCUCAGGUCGCGAUCAUCUCGAGCUGAUUGCGCAGAUUCUGGAAUAUCACUACCUUGGGGGAGGGAUCUUGGUCGCUGUACCAUACUUGCCGCCGUUCAUUAGGGACGUCGAAGACCUCCACAGCGCCUACUCGGCCGGCGUUCAGGGAGACAGGGGUUCAGCCAUGCUAUCUGAGAUUGGGGCUCGCGCCCUAGAAGACGUUUUAUCCACACUCACAUUGUGCCAAGGAGUUGGAAAGCCUGAUCCGAGUCUCGGAAAAGCCAGCAGGGCAGCGGCUGGGGCUCGCAGCUCUGGACGGACGGCUCACUCCUCUACUACUGUGCCGGGUGAUUUGACGCAAUUGGGCCCCCGGCAGUUCCCUGUGAGCCACUGGCUUCUCACGCGCGUGUUUUGGAGUAGGGAGGAGCUGUGGUAUCAAAGCGGAGAGAGUGAGAAACUGUUGGCCGGGGAAUCGUUUCCCCCGCAGUAUCAAAAGAUGCUGGAGGAGCACGCCGCCGCGGCUGCGAGGGCCGCCAGGUGUGAGCGGACCUUGAUGGAGAACCGUGCAGCACAAGUGCAGAAUCGAGAAACCCCGCCACCAGCGGCGACCACUCCACUUGCAGCCGACCCCGUCCUAGCUCAACUAGUGUCUCCGUCGCUCCCUGUCGCAUUCGAGGCCGUCGCGGCGCCGGAUACACUCGCAGCUCCUUCGAUAUCCGGACCUACAAUGGAUGACGGAAUCGAGGAUGACGAAGAUCUGCUGGCCAUUCUCGAAGCCCUGCCCGUCAUACCGGGCAGUUUGGAUGAUGAUCUCUCGGCAUCUGUUUCGGACGAGAAGAGUGCUAGUCUCCAACCUUCAGACCAAGAUCAAUCCGACAUUGCAUCCAACCUCCCAAGCGACUCAGCCCACCCUCACGAACAAGCUGCAUCCUCGGCAACCCCACCGCAGCAGCCCACCACCACCGACACGGAUGCACCCCCGGAACGGGGCUACGACUAUAUGGAUCGCUACCUGGGCUCUCUAACAGAGCCGUUCCCAGGCAGCAACAUGGAGGAACCGGCGCCGCCUGGGCCACCGGAAGCACAUCAGGAAAGCGGAGAGCAGCAGAAUGUGAACCAGAAUGUGGAACCCGUUGCACUACUUGAAACCGCCGAGCCAAGUCACGAGGUGGGCCCGGAUGAUGGCGGCGGCGGUGAGGUGAGCGAGGCCACCGUUGCGUCGAUUGCUGCCGAGGUGGGGAGUGAUGUGCGAGAAUCGCUCUCCGGCGGUACGGAAGCGGGAAGUAUAUCAGACGCGUUGGGCCUCAGGGCCACAGCGGGAGACGAUAUACCGUCAGUGAGCGAUGGCGAAGAGUCGGGCAAAGCUGGAAAGCUACUGACUGAAAGCGAAGUCUCGGGUGCUGGAGCAGAGGCCGAAGGGGGGGCAUCGCAAGAGACAGGAGACCCGGAGUUGGAUGAGCUUCAACGGCGUUUCCUUUCCCUACGAUGAUGAUGGCUAUAUUUACUUUCUGUAGCAGAUGUUAGCUUUUUGUAAAUUGUACAGAGAUGCCCCUCGGCGCAACAAGAAGAAUCUGC